AAUACAACACCUUUGAAUUCUUUCAAAAAAUUAAGGUUAGUUUGCGAUUAUAAAGCCACCACACUCGAUUAUAAAAAAAGUUUUAAAUUAGCAAAAAUGUAUCUAAUAUUCACAAGACUUUUUUGUGCAUUAUUUUCAUUGAGCGUGUUGAACGCUGCAAAAAUUUUGGGGAUAUUCCCAGCUCCCUCGAUAAGUCACCAAAUAAUAUUUCAACCCAUUUGGAAAGAACUCUCCUUAAGAGGACAUCAAGUCACCGUUAUUACGCCGAACCCUCUUAACGACUCUAUGUUGACAAAUUUGACGGAAAUCGACGUGUCAUUUUCAUAUGAACUUAUGGCAAACCAUGAUGUGAUUAAAAAUCUCUAUGUAUCGACGAGUAUUUUUGGAAAAUUGUGGACUUUGCACGAAAUUGGUUUGGUAGUGAAUUCGUAUCAAUUGGAAUGUGAUAAUGUUCGGUAUUUAUUUGACAAUAAAGACAUUAAUUUCGAUUUGGUUAUUGUUCAAGCCCUAUAUACUUGCAAUGAAAUUAUGUUAGGAUUUGGAUCGAAAUUUAAAAGUCCUGUUAUUGCCAUAUCUUCACUGGGCGUGUUUCUACAUGCACACGAUGCCGUUGGUAAUCCCACCCAUCCUGUCAUUUCUCCAGACAUUAUGCUCAACUUUUCUGGAGAACUUUCAUUUCUUGACAGAGUCAAAAGUUUCUUGUUUAACUUCUGGUACCGAUUCCUCUACUACUAUUAUGCAUUACCAAAGGCAGACAAGAUAGCUAGGAAGUAUUUCGGAGAAGACAUGCCCUAUUUGGGAGAUAUCGAAAAAAAUAUCAGUCUUAUGAUGUUAAACGUGAAUCCUAUUAUACAUACUGUUAGGCCCAAUGUACCAAACGUUAUAGAAAUCAAUCAGAUGCAUAUCAGGGAUAAAAAGCCGCUACCAAAGGAUCUUAAAGAUUAUCUAGAUGCGUCACCUCGAGGCGUAGUGUAUUUCAGUUUGGGAUCUAAUGUGAAAAGUGCCAACCUCUCUUCAAAUAUCAGACAAGAAAUUAUCGGCGCUUUAGGAGAACUACCGUACAACGUCUUGUGGAAAUGGGAAUCCGAUUACUUGCCAGACCGACCCAAAAAUGUGAUGACCAGAAAGUGGCUGCCACAACAGGACAUAUUGGGACAUCCAAAUGUUAAGGUAUUCGUAACCCAAGGAGGGCUUCAGUCUAUCGAAGAAGCCAUCACCAAUGAAGUUCCCAUGGUGGGUAUGCCGUUCAUCACGGAUCAGCCUUCAAAUAUUAAAAAAAUUGAGGACCUUGGCAUGGGUUUGAGUGUAGAUUACAAAACUUUAAAGAAAGAACAACUGAAGAAGGCCAUUAUGGAAGUUGCAGAAAAUACAAAGUACAAGGAGAAUGUACAAAAGUCUAAGGCCAUCUUGGUCGACCAACCAAUGAAAGGCGUGGAAAAAGCUGUAUGGUGGAUAGAAUACGUCAUUAGGCACAAAGGAGCUAAACAUCUACGUAGUCCAGCAGCAGACAUGUCAUUUUUCGAAUAUUUUAUGGUAGACGUAGUAUUGUUUCUAGGUGGUUGCGUAGUUUUAGCUCUAUAUUUGGUAAUAAAAAUUGCAUCUUUAACGAAAAACGUCACAAAAAGUACCAAAAAAGUAAAAAAACAUUAAAGUGUUUUUUAAAAAUAAAUAAAUUAGAAUAAUUGCAUUAUGACAGGCACGUAUUUAGUAUAUUUUUUAGAGACCUUAUUUGUCAAAGGUCAAAAAGUAGUGAACAUCUAUUCAUCCCAACAAAUAAUGUACCAAACUAUAUUUCAUGCAUAAUUGAUUUCUCGCUUGUCAACUGCCAAUUUUUAACUAUUUACAACCUUAUUCAAUGCUUAUUUAAUAUGUAUGGGAUACGUGUUUGAACUUCAUUUCACGCUUAUCAAUUAAUGCUGUGAAAAUUUUUGAGAAUCCAAGUUAGGAUUUUAUAAUUUUUCUUUAUAAGGUUUUAUUUUUUUUAAUAUCCAUUUAAAUAUUUGGAUAGUUUAUUACUUAAAAUUAUCUAUAUAUUGUGUGGUUUAUUUUGAGUGAUACUCUUUUCGUUUGUGUGUAAAUACUUUGUACUUUUAAG